UAUGAGGAUGUAUUUUGUCGAUUAAAGCAACGAGAGUCUCAAUAUACUUGUUUGCCAAGUACUUUACAGUGGCAAUUUGCAAAGGAUAUUUGUGGGAGAUUGAAGUUGUUCAAUACUAUCACUGAAUUAUUUUCUUCUACUAAACAUCCAACUGCUAAUUUGUAUUUUCCAAAUAUAUGUGAGAUUAAGUUGGCAAUCAAACAAUGGAUUACCUCUCCUAACCCAAUGAUUCAACAAAUGGCAAAAAAUAUGAUGAUCAAAUUUGAUAAAUAUUGGGGUGUGAUUCAUAAUGUGAUGGGAGUUGCCACUGUUUUAGAUCCUAGGUACAAGAUGGAGUUGCUUGAGUAUUAUUAUGAAAAAUUGUAUGAGCAUGACUCUUUUACUCAAGUGAGGGGCAUUCAACAAUUGUGUUAUGACUUAGUUUCUGAUUACCAAAUGAAAAUGAACAAAGGCUCUUUUGGUAGUAAUGUUGGUGAUGUUACUGGUAGUGAAGUUGUUGGUGAUGCAUUAUCUGAGUAUGAUAGAUUUAUAAUAAGAAAAAAAAGGGCUAGAAGUUCUUAUGUUAAAUCAGAGUUAGACCACUAUUUAGAAGAAGAUGUUUUACCAAGAGCUGUUGACUUUGAUAUUUUGAUGUGGUGGAAGUUUAAUGGUGUCAAGUAUCCAACACUUCAAGCAAUUGCUAAGGAUAUAUUAGCUAUUCCAGUAUCUACCGUAGCUUCAGAAUCUGCAUUUAGCACUGGUGGUCAAGUAUUAAGCCCACAUCGUAGUAGACUUCAAUGGACUACUUUAGAGGCUUUAAUGUGCGCUAGAAGUUGGUUGUGGAGUGCUGAAAAUACGGGUUCUACGAGCUAUAAAGUUGUUGCUGAAUGUGCUAAUGUAAUGAAUGAAAUGGUUUCAGAUGAUGAAGGUGAAAUGAUGGGUGCUGCUAGUGUCACUAAUUUGGAGGAAUGAUUAACAUUUAUUUGUUGAACAAUUUAAGUUGUUUCUUUUUUUUAUUAUGUAAUUUGAAAGAAUGAAACAUGUUUAAGUUGCUAAACAAAAUGAAACAUGUUGAAGGACAACCAACAUAGUAUAUUAAUAUCUCCUUUUUUGCUAAAUAGAAUCAUAUGCUACUUAUUGUUGGGACAACAUAUAUUUAGAUGGUAAUGUUUUUUUUGUGGGAAAAUAAAUAUGCAUGUCUUAAUUCCU